AUGGGGUUACCUAGGGUUGCUGGAACCCAGUUCACUGGGAUGUAUCCAGAGCCUGAGGCCAAGGACACCACCAGGGCUGUUGCAGUGACAGAAAAUGCAGGGGGCUUCCUCUGGGUUUGGGACUCCUGGGAAAGAAUGAGAAGUCAGGAGCCGGCUGGCGUCCCGGGAGAUGGAAGUAAGACCCUCCUGGUGAUCGCACACCCCGAUGAUGAAGCCAUGUUCUUUGCUCCCACUUUGCUAGGCUUGGCCCGCCUGAGGCACCGGCUGUCUUUGCUCUGCUUCUCUGCAGGAAAUUACUACAAUCAAGGGGAGAUGCGUAAGAAAGAACUUUCGCAGAGCUGUGAUGUUUUGGGGAUUCCACGUUCCAGUAUAAUGAUUAUUGACAACAGGGACUUCCCAGAUGACCCAGGUGUGCAGUGGGACACAGAGCGUGUGGCUGGCACCCUCCUCCAGCACGUGGAAGCAAAUGGCAUCAACCUGGUGGUGACGUUCGAUGCAGGGGGAGUCAGUGGUCACCGAAAUCAUGUUGCUCUGUAUGCAGCUGUGAGGACCCUCCACUCAGAAGGGAAGUUACCUAAAGGGUGCUCGGUGCUCACACUUCAGUCAGUGAAUGUGUUGCGCAAGUACAUCUCCCUUCUGGACCUGCCCUUUUCUCUGCUUCAUACCCGGGAUGUCCUCUUCGUGCUCAUCAGCAAAGAAGUGGCACAGGCCAAGAGAGCCAUGUCCUGCCACCGCAGCCAGCUGCUCUGGUUCCGCCGCCUCUACUUACUCUUCUCCAGAUACAUGAGGAUCAACUCCCUGCACUUCCUCUGAAGCCUGGAGGGGUCUUCUGGGCUAAGGAACACAGGGAGAAGCAAAGACCAGAAUGCCUGGGCCCAGGCCUUGAGCUGGUGGAUCAGCCUGAACUGAAGAGAGCCCCAUGAGGGGUGCCUUCCAGAGCUCUGUGGGUCUGCGCUGAGAAGCUCUAACUAAAGGGGGGACCGUGCAGGCCAAUGGGUGGUCCCAACGUCAGCUUCUUCCUUUGGGGGAAAGCCCCACGGCAGCCCAAACCAAACCAACCCCAGGAUACCAAUAGCUACCCUGACAGCUUCUCAAGUUCUUCCGGAAAACGCGCUACAUAAUGGCACCAUGUUGGUCAGGCAUCUAGGACAGAGCCUGCUGUGAUGAUAAAUGCUCUGAAAGGUGCUCCCAGAUCACUUCUCAGAGGCCAUGAGGCAGAAUUUUUAUGUUGUUUCCAAAGCAGCCUCACCAAGCUCACACACACGAGUAGCCCCGAUAGUGAGUGAGUUCAGCCAUUAUUACUUUGAUUCACGUCGUGGCCUCUGUAUCAAGUUUGAGUCCCGAGGAAGCUUCUCUACUUAACCUCAUAGUCGUUAAACCGACUGGGGCUCCCGAAGGUCAAAGGCCGACCACGAUGCCCAGCAUUUCCUGCUGAGACUGUUACAAAGUGGGCCUGCCCGGAAGGAGCAUCCAGUCAAAGAUCUCAGCUCCCAGUCUUUUGAGGGAAGGAGGAAACAGGAAGACAAAUCAGGAAGUCUUGUGUGUUGUUGGUUUUUUUUAAAUCCUCAACCAAAACUAAACAAAACAAGAAAGCUGAUGUCGUAAAAUUGUGCUACAGACCAAAGCAGUCUGAGGGGUCUGGCUUGGAAACUACUCCCACGGCCCAGCCAAUGGUCCAGGCAAGUGGCCCGAGGCUGGGAAGCUUAGGUGUCAAGGGCACAGGCUCCACAUACUGGUGGAAGACCAGAUUUACCAACAGUGUAAUCAUGGACAAGGUGUUUAACCUUUGUCUGACUCAGUUGUCUCAUGUGCAAAAGGAAGCGUGGUCACGGUACCAACCUCAGAGGAGACUAAGCCUGGUGGGCGCCCAGGAAAGGGUCUGGCGCGCAGUCAGGGCCCAGGAAAGGUGAGUCGCUGGUGUUCGGAGAUGCAUAAGCAGCCCUACCACAGAGGGAC